AUGGCCUCCAUGGCCUCGCUGGCGCCUCUCUUGGAGGGUGGGAGCCUGGCGGCGUUCCUGCUGCUGCUCCUGGGGGUGCGAGUCUCCCCUGGCUGGGUGGCUGAGAACUUUCUGCGCCUGCUGCGCAUUCGCUUUGCCACCUUUGCCGGGGCGAGCCAGGUGCUAGACAAUGGCAAUCCGGUGGUAUACCUGUGCAAUCACAGGAGCUGGGGAGACUUCUGGACCGAUGCCGCGCUGCUGAGCGGGCCCUCCUUCAUUGCGCGUGCCCUGGUGGCAGCAGCCAUUCCCUGGUCUGCAGCCUGGGGGCAUUUCGGCGGCUGGCUGUGGCUCUUUGAGCGCGGCAAGCAUCAUGCGGAAGGUGUGGUGGCCUGGACGGCGAACUUCUGGCUGGAUCGCAUGCGGCACUACUGCCACAAGGGCGUGGUGCUCUACCCCGAGGGCACUCGCUCGCUGCUCCCCGGCGGCGCGCCCUUGAAGUUGGGGGCCCUCGCCGCGGCCUAUCGACUCGGCUGGCCCGUGCAGGUGGUCAUCACCAGCAACAAGGAGCGCGUGACCUCCGAGUCUGAGAUGAUGGUGCACUGCGGCUCCCUGUGCGUGAGCUCCGUGUCAGAGGCGAUCUAUCCGCGGAGCUUUGCUACGUCAGAAGCCUUCAUUCAGUUUGUCCAGGAUGCCUGGAGGAAGACCUGGAAGGAGGCCUACGGCUGGAACUUCCAGCCGCGGGCGCGCGCCGGUCUGCCCGGGGCACGGAUGCACUCGGUGACCUGGGACCCAAGAGGCAGCUGGCAGCUGCAAGCGCUACGCCUGGUGGUGCUGAUGGCCCUAUUGUUUCUGUGGCGCAGGAGGAGCACCAAAGCCUGUGAGGCGAAGCAAGAGGCUGCGGGCGCCAAUCCCUCGAUGCUAGCGGGGCUUUUGGCCGCCGCGGCGGUGGUGGUGCUGCUGCCCCUGGCCUUUUGCUGCAUAUGUCCACGAAAGGCUGGGCAAUCAAAGAAGGCAAAGAAGAAGUCCAAAGCCAAGAGCAACGGGGAGGAGUCGCCAGCAGCAGAGGAGUCCAAGGCACAGGCAGAGGAGCCAAUCCCUAUCAAGAAGCAGAAGAAGGCCAAAGCCUCUGAUGAGGAGGUCGAAGCCAAGAAGGCAGAGCAAGCAAGGCGGAAGGAGCAAAGCAAGGUGGCUGUUGAAGCCAACAAGAAGAAGCAGCCGGCUGCCAAGACGGGAUCCAAGAAAGCGGCAGUGGUGGAGGAAACAAAGAAGACAGGCCCCAAGUUGUCUGAAGAGCAGGCGAAGGCGCUCUUCGAGAAAGCGCAGCAGAGGAAUAAGCAAGCUGCUGCCCCAGCGGUGCAAGCAGCGCGGGGGGGCCGCUUUGCGGCCUUCGAUGAUGAGAGCGACUGGUCCCCAGAUUUCGGUGGAUGCCUGGUGGACGCCGCGGGGCCUCGGGCCAUCGUGCCGGAGUACAACUCCCUCAUCGCCUUUCUGGUGCCGCGGGAGCACUGGGUCUCGGAGAUGAAGAGCGGGGCUCCUGCGCGCUACACGCUCUUUGGCUGGCUGCACGAUCGGGAGCCUUACGGGGAUGAGCUGCAGCCGCUCGGGUGGGCUUCCAAAGAUUUGUUGGAGAGCCAGGUUGGGGACGCCAAAGUUGCGCGAGAGCACGUUGAAGCAGCCAAAGAAGCUUGCGAGCACGGCUUCAGGAUGCACUUCGGCAUUGACAAAGACUCAUUGCGCUUGGGUGCGCCGAAUUCUCCGGCGAAGCAGCUCCUGCGCCGCCUUGCCGGCUGA